CCACACUUCCAACACAAGUUUAUAAAGAAAAAACAACAUCACAAUUCUCAAACCCAAACCAAAACCUGUGUAUGUGUAUGUGUCUGUGUUUGUGUGAGAAUUUGCAAGAACAAUGAGCACACUAGUCCGCAACGGCACCAUCACGUUGAGCCGCAGAUACAGAUACGAGGUUCUGGGGCUGCAAGGAAAGGACAAGAUGGUUAAGUCCAUCAGCUACAGACGCAAGAGGGCCAAGCAGAGGAAAAUCUUUCUCACAACCUACAAGCUUUCUUCCUUGGACAACACUUUUGUGGACCCCCAAAGCCCCAAGCUCAAGAAGGUUGCUGUUAAGGUCAAGAAAAUUGUUGCCUCGCUUUUGAUCUUCAUGCGAACCGCUUCUUUCAGGUCCUGCAAUUCCACCUCUGCAAUUUCUCCCACCUCAUCAUCACCAAUACCCAAUAGGAACAACUUUUGAACAUGCCAUGCUUCUCUUUCUCUCAUGUGCUUUCAAUCAUCGCUUCAUCAUGCCUCAUAACGAAUUAAUAAGUUCUUUUUUACUAGUCUAUUUAUGUGGUUGGUUCGUCAUGAAUAUGAUGGCUAGGAAAUGGGUAUCUAAUAUAUUUUGUAUAUACUGCUUAAUCUAAUGUCUACUUUAUUACUUUCACUACCACUAGUAGUUGAGAUUUUUCUUUUAGCUGAAUAAUAAUAUGCCCUGUUUCAGAUUUCUUUCUUUCCAUACUAUGCCCUUUCAUUAUUAACCUUUAAUUAGUGUUGGUAUCAAAGCUUUUGAUGUCAGAAAUGAGAGUAUCUUACCCGAAAUUGUGGUUGUUGUGGAAGUUGAGAAUCCAAAUGGGGUCAUUGAGUACAGGGGAAAAAUGCAAGAAUACAAGUUAGGUGUAGUUUUUGUUUUUAUUGCUUUCGGAGUUAAAAUCAGAGUUUCCUCUUGAUAUUCAAAGACAACACCUAGAUGUUGACUUUUAUCAUGUCAUAAGAUAUAUGAAAGUAAUAUCAAAGUUGUUGAACACCAAAUACAUAA